AUGACCACAGCUACAUUUCCAAUGGAAGCCCAGGUGAAGAAUCCAGAAGAUGUGAUCAUGUAUCUAUGGCGAGCACACAACAUCGUGAAUGCGCGUCUUCACGGUCGGGACACUGAGGAUCCAAAGUUCCCAAAAGUCCAGUUCCCGGCUCAAUUUUUGUGCUCAAACUGUACCACCAAUGGCUCACUUGCGGAACAACAAACACGAGAUUUCUUGGUUGACUACUACUCACAUAUCAGACCAUUUCAGACCCCUAAGUUCUUAAAAUGA